AUGGCGUUAACUGCCAAUUUUAUUGAUUCAAAGUGGAAUUUACAUAAGAGGAUUCUUAGCUUUACUACCGUUGAAAAUCAUAGAGGUGAAACCAUAGAUAAGACCAUUGAAAAGAAUUUAAAGAGUUCGGGUAUUGAUAAAGUUAUGACUUUGACUGUUGACAAUGCAAGCUCAAAUGAUACAACUAUGACUUAUCUUGUUAAGAGAUUUAGUAGUGGGUUGUUAUUGAAAGGUGAAUUUUUGCAUAUUAGAUGUUGUGCCCAUAUAUUGAAUUUUAUUGUUUGUGAUGCAUUUAAGGAGCAUUAUGACUGCAUUAGUAGAAUUCGCAAUGCCGUUAGAUUUGUGAGGUCUUCUCCUGCACGAGCUAUGAAAUUUAAAAAGUGUAUUAAAAUUGAAAAGAUUUCUUGUAAGAGUUUAGUGUGCCUUGACAUUAGCACCAGAUGGAACUUUACAUAUAUGAUGCUUGAUGCGGCUACCAAGUUUGAAAAAACAUUUGAUAGAUUGGAGGAUGAAGAACCCACUUUUGCGAGUGAAUGCCAACCUACCAAAAAUUAUUGGGAGAAUGAUCGGUUGUUAUUUAGGUUUUUGGAAGUAUUUUACAAUGUCACUUUAAAAGUUUCAGGCUCUUUGUAUAGUACUUCCAAUGUGAUUUUCCGCCAAAUUAGCACCACUCAUAAUUGCAUACAAGAAAAUUCCAUGGAUAAUGAAAAUCUAAUUUUUGUGAAUGUGGUUAAGAGCAUGGAGGCUAAGUUUGAUAAAUAUUGGGGAAAUAAUGAGAAGACCAAUUUGCUAUUGUAUGUUGCUGUUGUGUUAGAUCCGCGAUAUAAGUUAAGGCUUUUAUCAUAUUUGUUUCAACAAGUUGUUAGAGCCAUCUGA